AUGGGCGCUGGGUUUGGAAGAUGCUGGUGGCUGGCCCCAUGUGCUGGUCACUUGGCACCAGCUAUCACCAGUUCCAGGAAUGGAGGCGACGAGGUGGAGGAGCUGGGCGCGUGGGCACGUGGCUGGGGUCAAUUAACCCCUGAGCGUGCAGCCGCUUUUCUGGAUUGCGAUGGCCUUGGUGAUGACCACAUCUUUUGGCCCAUGUUCCGCGAAGCUCUGAAGUCUGAGGGCGUCUUGGGGGUCACCACUUUGCAGCUCGCUGUCAGGAAAUGGGGAGAGUGGGAAAACUAUCAAGAGCAGAUGGUUGAGAAAGGUCAACUGUCUGGGAAUUCUAUCAUCACAGUGCCGGGCUUGAACUAUUUGAAUGGCUCUGAAGUGGAGCUACACAUCAAUGGCUUGAUCGAUCUACCCGUGAUUUUUCAGAAAGCUGCCUAUUCGCACCUCUUCGACACCCCACCGAAAUGGGGUGCUGACUAUGCAGGAUUUUUAGCGUGUCCCAUUGGCUUCGUUCUGGUUCAGUACGUGAUUUUCAUUGCGAACAAAGUCCGCAAUCCCUUGGGAACCUCUUUGUUGAAGGAUUACUGGGAGGGCAUGGUGAAUGCCUUUGGGCUCAUUUAUGCAGUACCAUCCUAUGUUCUAGACCAUUCCGAAUCAGCUCACUGGGGAAUUACUUCCUCGGACAUUGCGGUGAACCUGAAUGUUCGGCCGGGCCACUACUAUGAAAGUUACGACAGCUACCUGGAGGAGAAUCCAAUCCCACCUGCCCAGCUGACGGAUUGGUGGCAGGAUGCUCCAUCGCUGGCAUCGUUGGACGCGGUGUUGGUCACCGAUCAGUGCGAUGAAAGGAUCCCUGUGGCGCUCAUCGGAGAGCAUGGGCCGGUGAACAUGGACCACCUUAGCACCAUCACUGCGGCCUUCCAGUCGGCCUGUGCGAAGCCGCUGGAGGUGGAAGCAGGCCAUUUCUUCACGUAUCUUUGGGCACUCGAGGGCACCUCCCAAGGAGAUCAGCUCCGUGCCUCCUUGCAGAUCUCUUGGGAAGAGUUUUGGGGCGAGCCAUUGACAAAGUCUCAAGGUCGCUCCGAGACCUUGCCCCGUUGGAGCGUGCUGGGCGCAGUCCAGGCCUUGAGAGGCUGGGCAUGGCGGAACCAGUUCCUACGACGAGCGCGUCUACGAGUUUGUUGUGAACCACUGUGGCUGUGUGUGCUGAUGCAUGCAGCCAUCGGAGCCGGCCGGCUGUUGGUUCGCGUCAGCAUGUGCCUUCUGCACUCCUUCGCCCAAGUCUUUGGGGAACAGGAGUUGCCAGAUUUUUGGCCCUUGGUUCGCAGAAUGGGCGCGGAAAUGCAGCCACAGGCUACCAUCAGUGCGGCCGCAAGGAUUUCGGCUGAGAUCCUGCAUUUCCAAGCCAGCAUUCGGCCUUUGUACGUGCCGGCCCUGUCAUUGCACGUGUCGCAAACAGCAAAAUAUUCGCCUACAUCCUCAGACGUCUUGCUCUUUCGCUUCCGGCUGCCUGGGGCACCGGGCUUUAUUCGAGUGAUCCAGAUGCUUACUGAGGAGGCCCGCGCCAGUGGUGUCCCGGUGCCCAGAGUUGUGAUCAUGGACUCCUCCAAGAAGUCCUUGAGCUUCCAAGAAAUUGGACGCUACCGGGUGCUGGCACUGCUGCCCCACGUGCCAUAUGCACAGCGGCUGCCAGAUGUCUUCGCGUUGGCUUCUCCCACCCUGGUCCCAGCCCUGCCUUUGCUGCACAAAUUCCUGUGGCCCUUCGCGGGACCCUUCUGUGGCCGCAGCGAUCCGGAUCUCUCGCGCUCCGUGGAUCCGCAAGCUGGAACUUGCAGCCACCCCUUUUCCCCCUUCGACUUUCAGGGCAAGGUCUUUCACCCUGGCAGUUUCGAAGAAGAUCGACGCUACUGGGCUCAGUACACGGAAUGGGAGAUUUGGCCCCACCUGAUCCGUUUCAAGCAUCUCGGCGCGGCUCGUGUGCGUAGCGACAGAUAG